CACUAGGAAUGACGUCUUUUGUGAUUUUCUUGGGACUGUUUGUCUUGGUAUUCUGCCGGGAUGAAAUGCGUCAACUAGUGGAUAGUAACUGUGACCAUAAGGUUCAAAGAAGAAUAAUUUCAGGAAAUAAUGCACGCCGGGGUACUACUCCUUGGAUUGCUGCCAUAAGCAAUGGAACUGAUUUGUAUUGCGGGGGCACGCUCGUUCAUCCACGUUUCGUCUUGACAGCCGCCCACUGCAUUGAAAACUUUGAAAACUUACUGGUGAGCUUAGGGAUGUACAACACUUCCUGCCCAGAAGAAAAGUGCCCAGAAAUAAAAAAUUAUGAUGUGAUUAAGACCAUACCUCAUCCCGAUUAUAACACCAAUACCAAUGAAAAUGAUAUCGCUAUUUUAAAAUUGAGCGUGGAAGUGGUUUACAAUGAAUAUAUCCGUUCGAUCUGCAUUGUCACUGGUGACGGGCUAAAAACGUCGUCGAUCGUGAAUUUCUCGGCAUAUGGCUGGGGUGAGACGGAGAAUCAAAGGUUAAGCCCAAUCCUUCAGACCAUCAAUCUUUCCCACACACCGCAAUCUUGCUUAAGGUUUUACGAGGAAUCGGAGAUCUGUGCUGGUGCCGAAAGAGGCGACACUUGCAAUGGUGACUCAGGUGGUCCUUUGGUCGCCAAUAUCACAUAUCGAGGACACGUAUUUCCCACACUGAUUGGGAUCACCAGCGUUGGUUCCAGAUUCUGCAACGCUAGUGGCAUCUACGCGAACGUUACGGUCUUCAGACAAUGGAUCAAAAAUACCAUUUCGGCUAACAAUUACGAUCAGGAUCAGGAGCCCUUGUUGGAUGAGCACUGCAGCAACACUUGGGAUAAACAUGGAUCUGUUCACGGACCCUGGAAAGUAAUACUUUAUUCUUGCUUUCCUGCUAAUUGGGUAAUCUCCAGAGAACACUGUAUUGUAAAUAGCAAUUAUCCAUUUGGCACCUUAAUCACAAAUCGCUUUGUUCUUACUACUGCAAGUAGUUUGCCCAGAAAUGUAAAGAUUAGGGCGUUCGCCGGUGUCGACUUUACCGUAAAAUCUAUACACAAGCAUCCCCAAUUCACCGACUUCAACACGAGUUAUGCAAAUGAUAUAGCUUUGCUUGAACUUGAUCAAAGGGCGCGUUAUUCUGACCGUCUGGCACCGAUCUGCUUCCGCCCAACUCAUCAGAUGUCGGAAAACCCACCAACAUCGCUUACUGUCAUUUUUCAUUCUCCGAAAAAUGAUGACUUUAUAUAUGAAUUUGAGAACUUCACCGUCAUUGAUCGUUCCAAUUGCUCUAUUGCCAUUGGAAAUCUCAUAAAUGACGAUCAAAUCUGUGUGAAAGAAUCGAAUUCCGAUAUACAUCCUGGUUACGAAUUUGGUGCCAACGUAAAUACGUUGUCGGGCGAAAAGUUCUUUCUCUACGGCAUGAAGAGCUUUAGGAAGAACGGUGUGGUCAUUCUUACAAAUAUUACAUAUUACACAGGUUGGAUAACACAAACCUUAAAGUUUAAAUAA